GCCGCCGCCGUUGCUAGGCGAAGGUGGGCGUGGCCGGCUCUGCGCUUGUGCUCUGUGAGGCGAGGCAAGAUGGCGGAGGAGGAGAAGCUCCCCGCGGGCUGGGAGAAGCGCAUGAGCCGCAGCUCCGGGCGUGUGUAUUAUUUCAACCAUAUUACAAAUGCCAGCCAAUGGGAACGCCCCACUGGAAACAGCAAGAAUGGACAGGGAGAGCCGACUAAAGUGCGAUGCUCACAUCUCUUGGUGAAACAUAACCAGUCUAGGAGACCUUCAUCAUGGAGGGAGGAUAAGAUCACCCGGAGCAAGGAGGAGGCCCUGGAGCUAAUUAAUGGCUACAUCCAGAAGAUUAAAUCUGGGGAAGACUUUGAAUCCUUAGCAUCACAAUUCAGCGACUGCAGCUCAGCCAAGGCAGGAGGAGACCUGGGUGCUUUUGGAAGGGGUCAAAUGCAGAAACCUUUUGAAGAUGCCUCGUUUGCGCUGAGGCCUGGCGAGAUGAGCGGACCAGUAUUCACAGAUUCAGGGAUCCAUAUCAUCCUGCGUACAGAGUGAAAGUGCCUUGGCGCGACACACUUGGAAAGGAAAGGGUGGCGGGGAAAAGGAACAAGAGAACCUUUAUUCCAACCCCUCUGUGCGCUCUCUAUCCCCAAACAAACUCCAUAUCUAGCUUUUUGAUUUUUCUUUAUUUUAUAUAUGAAAAAACACACCCCUUGUUUUCAUAUCUCAGUGCCUCCUUUGGCACCUCAAUGCAAUGUCUUUCCCCACCUGUAGAGAUGCAUGGUUAGCCGAGGCAGAAAAUCCAUUUGAAACUAAGAGACAGCAGCAUCUUUCAUAGGCACAGUGAGGAGGAUGUUUUAAAGGAAAUAAAUAAAUAAACCCACA